AUGGAAAGUGGAGAAGAAGCUUCACGUGAUGAUAAAUUACUUGUUACAAACGUUAAACUUUGCGUAGAAGCAACGUGUAGUGAUGGUUCAGGUUUGAUAGAACAAACUUGCCCAGCGUUAUUACUUACAUCUCAAAAAGCGAUUCCAAAAGUGGUUAAGCAUAUUUACAGUCAUUUAGCAGCAUAUUCUCGGCACAUAGAUGAAGGUGUUCCUGACCUAAUCAUUUCUUUGAUUUCUGGUGAAAAUCUGAUCGAAUUACAAAAACAAAAGCAGAUUGAAAAUGCAUUAUUGCAAAUUAUUGCAAAUUGUAAUUCAUGGCUUGUAAUAUCAGGUGAAGCUGGAGAUCCAUUAUCUCGAGCUGCAGCUAAUGCUGUGCAUGCUAUGCAGUUAUCGAAUGAAAAUAGUAUGGAAACUCUCUUGUUGGCAGUAAAUGAUACAAAAUGUAUAAUAAAUGAUCAACAAACUUAUCGUAUACCAAUGAUUAAUACUAAAUUUAAUACAUUGAUGAUAUUAUCAAUGCAAGAACUGUUAUCAGCUAAAAGUUUAGCUUUAUUUAAAGCGUUAAUUACAGUAAAACUUUCAACACCACCUCCUGCACUACUGAUCGGAAUACCUCAAAGUAUUAGUAAUAAUCGAACAGCAUCACAAACAGUCUUGUUACCUCCCAGUGAACAAGAAAAUUUACCAGUACCUGUUGCAUUGUUCUCUGGUAGCGAUUUAUCAUCACUCGCUGAACUUCGAGCACAUUUGCAGUGUGGCAUAUCAGUGAUUGUUUUACAAGAUGGAAGCGAGCUUUGUGCGAUAUUAAACAUUUCAUGGCUGCUAUAUCGCAGCUCGUCGUUUCACUUCGAGAGUUGGCUUGACUGGUUGGAUUCUGAACUACGAAGUUUGCAACCGAAUAGUUUGUUGCAUGGAAAUGAACUUCUAGAAGAAGCUAAGGAGAAUAUUAUUACUUCAUUUGCUGUUGGCUGUGCUGAAAUACCUUUACUUUCGUUUAUACUCUUUGAACAAGUGCUCUGUCUACCAGAACAUUUAUUAAAGUUGUGCAUGCAGAAUGCCAUCGAUGCAAAUGACAUCCAUCGCCUACUGCAAAUUGCUAUCAAACUUAAUGUUCCAACAAUUAUUUCUUCUACCGAUCUCAAUAAACUUAAUACAAAUAUGAAUUUAAUUGACCUUUUUGAAGAAGCGUUACUAACAGAUCAACAAUUGAUAACUUUAGCAGCUAUAUUAGAACAAAAUAUUUCUUGGAAAGUAUCACUAAAUCUGUUAACAAAAUUGAUGCGUUGCGCUCCUGAUCAAAUAUUCUUCAAUACAGUAAUCACAUGUGAUUGUCUUGGAAGAAAAUCCCCAGUACUUGAAAUCGAUUCUAAUUUUAUCGAAGAAAUGGAUGAAUUUUUGGUUUCACUGUCAGGAGGAUUUGAAUAUCUACUGCCCAUUUCAUAUUUUCAACAUUUUUUGACAAAUACAAAUCAAACACUUCAAAUAUUGGCUAUUUGGUCAGUAAUGCUAAAUCGUUUAGAAUUAGCAAAAUGCCUCUGUGCAUAUUCCACUCAUCCAUUAUCUUUAGCAAUUAUUCUUGCUAAAAUUUGUCGCGCACUUGCAGAUAAGCUAAAUGAUCGUCUUUUGUACAAGGACGAUUUGUAUACAGUUGCACAAUGGUUUAGCGAUCAUGCCGAGGGGAUAUUAGACUUGGCUUAUACUGAAUCACCACGUAGCACUUAUCAAUCGCUGUGUAUACCCCUAGAUUUCUUGAAUGGUUUGACUUUGGCAGAACUUGCCUUACAAACAAGCAACAAAAAAUUUAUAGCUCAUCGCUGUUGCCAAAAAUGGAUUCGUCGACUUUUGUACGGUAAAUUACAGGUAAUUUAUUCCAAAACAUCUAUAUUUUUACCUAACUGGCUUAAGAUUCUGCUCGCAUCAGUAUUAAUAUUUCCAAUAUACUGGUGGAUGAAAUACUGCGUACCAGAACGUUAUUCCCUGGAUCAAAAUUCAAAUUUGAGUCCCACAGCAGCACUUCUACAAUUCCAUGGACAAGAAAGCAUGAAACGGAAGUAUUCUGCACGUAGCUUCAUGUCAAAUAAAAGUAUCGCAUCAGCAGUUGUGCGUGAUGAACGAUCGCUAGGUGAAACAUCGACUAGUUCAUGUUUACUUGUUGAAGGCCAGCAGUCUGCUGAAGGAAUUGUCUUAGAGGAAAUCGAUGCUACUGCUUUAGUCUCCAGAAGCAAAGAACGAAGACAAACCCCGCGACAUACCGGAAUAUCUAUUGGAAUAUUUUAUUCUACACCAAUUGUUAAAUAUUGGCUUUCACUUGUCUUUCGACUUCUACACAUUGCUUUAUUCGCCUAUGCAAUCUCUCUACCAGGUUGUGGUUCUUUCAUUAUGGAUGCCUUAAUAUGGCUGUGGACUUUUUUAUCACUGCUUGAAUCAGUUUGGGUAUUUUCCAAUCGGAUCCAGCGAACACUGCUAUAUCAACUUCGCUGGUACUUUAUCAAUAUCAUUGUGAUAACGUUGCAUUUACUUAUCAUACUUGUGCUGAAAAUAGUUUCGCUAACAGUUUCCGUCAGUUCUAUGCCAUUUAGUAUUCAUUUUGUAAUUCGAAUUUGGUCAGCAUUUCUUUUUAUAUAUUUGUGUUAUUCAAAAUUGGUAGAAACAGAACACUGCAAAAAGUCAUAUAUCGGAGAUUACCAAAAUCGCAAUCAGUGCGUUGCUGUUGGCGGAUUUACGGAUUAUAAUUGCCCAAGCAGAAAUUGGAUCAGUUAUAUAGCCAUAUUAGAAUAUCUUAUUAUCCUUAAAUUGAUCUGUUGGCCUAUCAUAAUCGCACUUUUCGCUAAAACAGCUAAAGAAGUGGAUGAAGAAGUUGAUAAAAUUUGGAAAUAUCAACUUUAUUCAUUAACUGAAGACUUAAGGUUUCGUCCUCCAUUACCGCCACCAUUUACACCAAUUUUUUUCUUCGGUGCUUUAUGUUGUCGAUCAAAUCGCUAUUUGAUCAGUUCCUGGGAAAAUUUGUAUACAUGUGUUCCAUACGAUCAAACAAAUAUUCAAAAAUUAAUGAUUGAAGAAAAAUAUCGACCACAUAACAUAUUAAUAUCAUAUUACUGUCCACCGUUUUAUUGUAAGCCUAUUGAAGAAUUUGCAAGUGAUAUUCAGAAAUAUGCCGAUGCUUCAACACCUGAGAAUCUUUCGUUAUUACGAAGAUAUUGGAGACGUUGGCAACAAAACAAAAUGUUAGACCUUUUUGACAUACUCUUGCCACGUAUAGUCGAUUCCUCUGGUUUACCAUUGAAUCCUAAUGGCCGACAAGGUAUAGCCGGACGUGGUAAUCACCUAAAAUUUGGCGUAAAUUUGCUGAGCAUUUUGCUAGAGGGAAAUACAUUUCCCUCUCGAUGGCGUUUCAGUGCUGCACGUUGUGACGAAGAUUUUCAAGCACUUCUGCGCAGUCUUUUACUCACAGAUUCUGAAAUUCGUCAGUUUUGCAACCAAAGCUCGUUAAAUAUCGGUGAAACAAACAAUGACGUGGCUCACGUCAAGCGCGUAUCAGUCGUAGACUCACGCGAUACAGAUAAUGCAUGGGUAGAACACGAUAUUUGGGCAUUCCGUCUUAGAUCACAAAUACCUGAUCCAUUAUCGAUUCUACCAAGAACUUAUAACUGGCACAACGGUAGUUGCGCUGAGGAGAUUUUAUCAGAUCGAGAUCGAGAAUAUCUCAGUGCAGCAGUGGCCUGUUUCUGCAGUUCUCAUAAUGACUGAAU